UUGAUGUUUCCUUUGUCAAGAUUGAGGAGGUCAUUGGUGCCGGGGAGUUUGGGGAGGUGUGUCGGGGGAGGCUGAAGGUCCCAGGGAAGAAGGAGAACUACGUGGCCAUCAAGACCCUGAAGAGUGGCUACACAGACAAACAGAGGCGGGACUUCCUGUCGGAGGCUAGCAUCAUGGGCCAGUUCCAGCACCCCAACAUCAUCCACCUGGAGGGCAUCAUCACUGCUUCCUGUCCCGUCAUGAUCCUCACUGAGUUCAUGGAGAACGGAGCGCUUGACUCCUUCCUUAGGUUGAACGAUGGUCAGUUCACUCCCAUCCAACUGGUGGGCAUGCUGCGUGGCAUCGCGUCGGGCAUGAAGUACCUGUCUGAGAUGAGCUACGUCCACAGAGACCUGGCCGCCCGCAACAUCCUGGUCAACAGCAACCUGGUGUGUAAGGUGUCUGAUUUCGGCCUGUCCCGUUUCCUCCAGGAGAACUCCUCAGACCCCACCUACACCAGCUCUCUGGUGAGACUACUGCACCCUGUUCUUCCUCAACACCGAGCCCUUUGUGUGUGUGUGCAUAUGUUCAUGGUAUAUGGUUGUUGACUACAGAUAGUCAUGGUGUGUGGUUGUUGACUACAGAUGGUCAUGGUGUGUGGUUGUUG